UUGAAUUGAAAACGAACGAUCGACGAUGCAUGGCCUAAUUCGCAAAGGAAACGUGCCGCAUGCAUGCCAAAGCCAUCGCCAUGGCAAUGCAUAGUGGUAUGCUAUGGCAGAAGAGAACACGAGACAGAAGAAAAGAGAAUUGAAGGGAGAGUAGCCGAGGCCGGAGUGAGGGAGCAAAGGCUGACGAAACGCACAUCCUCUCGAUAAAGAGACAAACAAACCAACAAUCCCCUCUCCUUCUUCCUACUUCUCCAAACUAGAGAGAGAGAGAAUCUUGCCAUUGGCCAUUGCCAUGCAAAUGCAGUCUAUAAAGAUAAAGAAAAAAAGCAUUUGCAGAAAGACAAGCUAGCUACUCAUGCAUGCAGCUGCCUUAGCCUUACUAGUAGUAGAUUACUAGUGCAUUGCUUGAGUGAAACUGAUAAAAGGAGUAGUAGUGAACUAGUGAAGUCAGUGGCAGUGAGCUUCUUGCCUCAGCUUGCAAAGGUGGUGGUGGCGAGAGGAGGAAGACGACGUGGUCGAGGAGGAGAAGAGAAGGCGAGCUGGUUGUUGUUGGAUUGGUGUGGGGGGUGGGGGGUGGUGGUGAGCUAGGGAUCGAUGCGGGCGGGGGCGUACACCAUCCACCAGUCGCUCACCGCCGAGGCGGCCGCGGUGCUCAAGCUCGCGCUCGGCAUCGCGCGACGCCGCGGUCAUGCGCAGGUCACGCCGCUCCACGUCGCGUUCGCGCUGCUGAGCCCGGCGUGCUCGCCGCCGCAGCAGCAGCCGGCGCCGCCGCCGUACGGUCUGCUCAAGCGCGCGUGCCUGCGGUCGCACCCGUCCGCCGCGGCGGCGGUGGCCGCGCACCCGCUCCAGUGCCGUGCGCUCGAGCUCUGCUUCAACGUCGCGCUCAACCGCCUGCCCACCUCCGCGCCGCACUCGCCGCCCCCGUCGUCGUCCGCGCCGUCGGGCGCCGUGGCGCCGCCGUUCGCGUCGUCGCUCAUCCAGCCUAACCCGACGCUCUCCAACGCGCUCGUCGCCGCGCUCAAGCGCGCGCAGGCCAACCAGCGCCGCGGCUGCGUCGAGCUCCAGCAGCAGCCUCCUCCUCCGCCACCGCCGCCGCCGCCGCCGGUGGCUGCCACGGCGCAGCAGCAGCAGCCGUUGCUCGCCAUCAAGGUCGAGCUGGACCAGCUCAUCAUCUCCAUCCUCGACGAUCCCAGCGUGAGCCGGGUGAUGCGCGAGGCCGGCUUCUCCAGCUCCACCGUCAAGAGCAACCUCGAGGGGGAGAGCGCGCUCAUGAUGUCCACCUCAUCGUCCCCUCCGCCGCCGGCCAUCCCACCUCACUUCUUCCUCGACCCCAGCAUUGGCGUCGGCGGCAACGGUGGCGGCGGCGGCGGCGGCUUCAUGCUGUGGCCGGCGCCGUUCUUGAGCUCGCCGGGCAUGGCGGUGCCGUCGUGCAAGGAGGACGUGAGGGCGGUAUUGGAGGUGAUGGUGCGGAAGCAGGGGAGGCGGACCAACCCCGUGGUGGUCGGCGACUCGGUGUCAAUGGCGGAAGCCGUCGCCGGCGAGCUCCUGCGGCGGCUGGAGGGCGGCGACGUCCCGGACGAGCUCGCCGGCGCGCACCUCCUCAAGCUCCAGCUCUCCUACGUCCACGUCCGCCUCAUGAGCCGCGCCGACGUGGACGCCAAGGCCGCCGAGCUCCGCCGCAGCGUCGACGCCGUCAAGCGCGGCGGCCUGGUCGUCUACGUCGGCGACCUCCGCUGGGCGCUCGACGAGGACCACCACCACCACCACCACCCCGGCGCGGACCACCACAACACCGCCUCGUCCUACAGCCCCGUCGAACACAUGGUCGCCGAGCUCGGCCGCCUCCUCGGCGACCUCCGAGCCAGCGCGCCGCCGCGCGGGCGCGUCUGGCUCGUCGCCACGGCGAGCUACCAGACAUACAUGCGAUGCCGCCGCCGCCGCCCGUCGCUGGAGUCCGCGUGGGCGCUCCAGGCCGUCGUCGUCCCCACCGGCGCCGGCACCGGCCUGGCCCUCAACAACCUCCACGCCGUCGCCACCACCACGAGCAAUGGAGAGCCUGUGCAGCAGGCCAUGGUGGCGACCAACCACCAGCAGCAGCAGCAGCAGCUUGCUAGCCCUUUCGUCGCCAUGGCCGCCGAGCCGGCAGCGAGGAACGAGCUGGAUGACAAGCUGCUGGUACUCUGCACCGAGUGCAGCCACAACUACGAGAGGGAGGCGUCGGCGGUGAAGGCGGAGGCGGCCGCCGACGAGGAGGGCCCACGCGCCGCCGGUAAUCUCCCCGGCUGGCUCGUGCCGGAGCCACCCAAGGAGAACUAUUUGAUCGAGCUGAAGAGGAAAUGGAGUAGGCUAUGCAGAAAGCUUCAUCUCUGCGGCGGCGGCGAUCCAUGCUCAGGUCAGUCGUUUGGAGCUGGAGCUUAUGGCAAUGGACCAAGCAGCCUCCUCCCAUGGUGGUCAGCUUCUUGCUUGCUGCCGAACGGCGGCGGCAAGCCGAGCAUUGCGGGGUUCUUGGGCAUGGAGGCGUUGCGGUGGUCGCCGCCGGCGGCGGCGGCGCUGCCGUCCCUGAGUUCUCUGAGGGAGCCGGAGUGCCAGGACGUGACGACGGCGCUCGCGCUCGGCAGCCUCCCGCUCUCGGACUCGGCGUCGUCCUCCGGUGGCGGCGGUGGCGACGGCGCGGCGGCGCGCGAGCUGGAGCGGAGGCUGCGCAAGAACGUGCCGUGGCAGCGCGCCGCCGUGGCGGAGAUCGCCGACGCGGUGGCCGCCGGCGCCCGGAGCGGGAACGGGACGAAGGGCGCGGGCGUCUGGCUGCUCUUGAAGGGGAGCGACCACGCCGCCGUGCGCCGGGUGGCGGCGGUGAUCGCCGAGACGCAUUGCGGCUCAGCUGAUCGGGUCGUCGUCGUCUCCGCCGAUCCCAACAAGUUCGGGUGCGCCGACGAUUUCCGCUCCGACGUCGUCGCGAGAGCGUCCAUGGCGGCGGCCGCCGGCGGCAACAAACUCGUGCUCGUCGUUGACGACGUCGAGCGCGCGCCGCAGCACGUCGUGGAAUGUCUCGUGGCGGCGUCGAGGAGCGGAGCUCUGAAGGACAAGUUCGGCGGCCAAGAGCUCGAUCUCUCGGGCUCCGUAGUGGUCAUGACGACAUCGAAGCUCGCCGAUGCAGCGGUCAGCGGCGUCAUCAGCCUACGGCUGUACACGUCGGAGCAGUCGCCGCCGUCCGGGGACCUCAAGAGGAAGACGCCCACCAGUUCACCACCAACAAGCGACCGCAAGCGCGCACGGGCACGGCGCAGCGCCGGCAAUGGCCACAGCCUCGACCUCAACCUCAACCUCUUCGCCCACGACGACGACGACAACGACGCCGGAGACGUUGACGACGACGACGACGGCGUCCCGAGCGACAUAACCCACGAAGGCGGCGGCGACGACUCCGGCGAGCACGGCCACUCGCACCACCGCCUCCUCCUCGAGUCCAUCGCCACGCGCGUGGUCACCCUCGACGGCGACCACCACGGCGCCGCGGCCGCCGUCCGCGAGAGGCUGUCGGGGCGGCUCGACGGCGGCGGGCGGGAGCUGCGCGUCGACGGCGAGGCGGCGGCGGCGCUGGCGGCGGCGUCGGGGCACUUCGUCGACGAGGUGAUGGAGCGGUGGGUGGCGGAGGUGUUUGAACCGGCGGCGGCAACGGUCAAAAAUGGCGGGAAGGCUGUAGUGUUGGGGGUGGGGCCCAGUGGAGGUGGGGCCCACGAGUCAGUAGGGUUCAUGGGCUCGGUCCUUCCGAGUAGGGUCCAUGUGGACUGAGCCCACCCAAUUUUUGCUCCCCUUUUGGUGUACUAGACUAGACUACUAGUGUCCUUAGUUUUAGUUUCUUUGCAUGUAAAAAAUUGUGAACUAGGAAAUGGAGAAUUGGGGGGGGGGGGGGGUUUAAUUUAUAUAAAUUCCUUUUCAAUUG